AUGGCAGCAAGUAAACCACGAAUUUCGGUAGAUUCUCUUCAAGAACAUAUACAAAUGUGUGAAAAUCAUGAUUUACCGGUCGAUUUGGUGUGUGAGGAUUAUGAUGAAUUCAUUUGUUCUACUUGUGCAAAAACGGACCAUUAUGAUCACAACUGGGUCACACAGGGUGUGGCUGCUAGUCAGAGAAGGAAAGGACUCUUGGAGUUUCUAAGGAAUAUAACGCAAGAACAAUUGCCAGAUGUAGAUAAAAAAAUAGCAAUAAAGAAGGCUGAAAAUGAAAUAACAUGUGAAUCACAGAGGAAAAUUUUAAAGAAGCAUUUUGAUGAAAUUAUUGCCAAGCUUACAGAUAUCACGGAACGCAAGGAUGAUGCAUUGAAAAGCAAUUUGUGUAGAAAAAACGAGCAAUUAACUCUUGAGAAAUCCCGAAAAGACAAGAUAAAGAAUCAAAUAAUUAAAAUAGUAAAAUACAUGGAGGAGAACAACAGAACCAUGUCUGAUAAGAACUUAGUAGAGAACCACAGAGACCUGAAACAUCUGCUAGGUGAUUUGAAUAUUGACAUAAGGAACAGUGACUUUUCACAGAGAUAUGAAGAAAAAGUAAUUAAUGAUGAUAGGCUAGAAUCACUGUUUGGUGAUUGUUUUGAUUUAGAUAAUAUUAGUGCUAGUGAAAUAUAUUCAUUUCAUUAUGUUGCAUGUAGUCUAGGUACACUUGUGUAUGUAAAGGCAUUAAAUGAAAACGAAUGUUACGUGUACGGUCUGAAUUCUGUUAAUGUUGAUUUGUUAAACAAACAAGGCGAAAAGAAACAAACAUUCAACAUUGGAUUAGAGGUGACAGAUAUGUGUGUAACUAAUAAUGGUAUGUAUUUCACAACAAAUGGAAACCUUUUUAUCCAUCGCCUUCUGCCAUCAGGAUCAAUAUCAACGUUUUGGAGGGCAGAUUCAGUAAUAGGUCUUCAACCAUUAGGAAUCAGUACUUCAGUAGACAGCGGGUUUAUUGUUUCUUUGGUAGAUUGUAAAACAGAUAAUUUUGUAUUGGACGCAGACAGCAGGCGAUUAGUGAAACACUUGACAUUAACCGGUGAUGUCAUUCACGAGUAUGAGUACCAGGAGGACGGUCAAACGAGAUUGUUUACAUUACCAGAAGGACUCUGUCAAAACAAUAACUCUGAUAUCUGUGUUAUCAAUAUGACAAGUAGCACUGCAGGCGAGGUUCUUAUUAUUUCUGUAUGUGGUAAUUUGCAAUAUGUCUAUCGUGGACAGAAUCUGAGGAAGAAUUUCUAUCCAACAGACUUGUUGUGUGACUCCGCCUACCCACAGUUUUUAUAUUCUGAUGCAACAUUAUCUUUUCUCUGGUAUGGUAAUAACUUAAAGUGGUUUGACAUCAUCCACACUGACGAGCUAAUGCCCACAAUGGCUAACGCCCAGCAAGUCAAGCUGCUGCCAUGCAUGGAGCAACAUAGCAACAUUUAG